GGGACCAGAAGAAGAUUCCCAAUUCUAGUAAGUUACAAAAUAAAUCCACUGUUAUUGAUAAAUCUCUUCAAAGGGUUGUACUAGAUAUGCUUGAUGGCAUUGCACCUAUAGAUUGGAUAGAAAAACUCAAAGCUAAGAUUAACACCAAUAUACCAGCUCAUACUGAGAGUUUACUCACUUCAGCUCCAUCUAUUCAAAAAUCUGAUUUUA